AUUCAUCCCAUAGCAUUGCGAGGCAGCGUGAGCGCAGAGCGAGCUUCCUGGGCCAGGGCAAAGUAAACUUUUCCAGGGCGGUGAUUGACUGCUACUUGGCCAGUCAAAAUUGAAGAGCAUGAGGGAGUGUGGCCGCCUGUAAUAUUUUGCUCAAACAGACUGCAGUGCACUCCAACAAAUCAGUAAAAAGUAACCAUAAGGUGAAUGACAUGUAUAUUGAUCCAUGGCACGAGAUUACACAAGGAUACCAAACAUGAUGCACAAACGAUAAAACCUAGCUGAUAAUUUUAUGAGGUCAACAUAGAGCAGAUCACAUGUGAUAAGGGAGAUACCCACGAGUGAUUCCAUUGGCACUUUGUAUUUUUGUGUUCUUGCAUUAACAAUAACAAGACGCCACCAGCCAGACGCAGCCUCAACAGCCGCCGUUUCAUCUUCAGCUCGCGUACCCCUUCGUGCACGAGGUUCCGUUCAUCACCGUCGCCACUCCCGGGAUGGAUCCCCGCCAGAGUGCCGUCCUGGGCAACGUACUCAACCCGGCCUACGUCCCGAACAUCGUGGCUGCCUUGCCCUUGCCCAUGUCCAUGUGGCAGCGGCUAAAAAACACUGUCAUGCAUGUAGUCGUAUCUUUUUACUGGAGGAACUGGGCCGUUGUUCCGUUGGUGCAAAUGGAGAUCUCAGCCCAGUUCCCGGAUCUGCCGCCGCUGCUGGAGAUCGAAAAGAACCAAAGUCUGUCAUUGCUGAACACUCACUUCAGCAUUUCCACCACGGUGCCCCUGCUGCCCUCACAGGUGGAGGUGGGCGCCAUGCACUGCCGCCCGGCAAAACCCUUGCCGGAGGACCUAGAGUCAUGGAUUACAGACGCGGGCGCAGAGGGCGUCAUCUACUUCAGUCUGGGCUCCAUCGUUCAAGCUGAAACCAUGCCGCAGGAGUACCUCCAAGCUUUCCUUGAAGCUUUCCGCAGGCUGCCGCAGCGCGUCCUCUGGAAGUACAAAGGAAAGGUGGAGGGUGCGUCUGGUAACGUUAGGGUCAGCAGUUGGUUUCCACAGCAGGACAUCCUCGGUGAGUACUGUGAUAGCGCACGGCGCCACGAUAUGACGCUUUGUCAUUAGGAGUCUCAUGCAUGAUGUGUUGCGUUACGGAGGGCUGAUUGCUUAAC